GGAGCAGCCUUAUUUUCCAGUUUGUGAGCUGCUAAUCUUUAUUACCUGCAUGAGGUCAGAAAGCAGUAUUUAAAUCAUUUUUUUAGCCUGUUUUGCUGAAAGUCAUCGAUGGUGCCAAGGUGGGACGUAAUUCCCCGAGACUUCUGGUUAUUGAAGCCGAGCACUUCCGAAAGUCGCGAAGGACGCCGAGAUUCCCCGAGAGUAACCGAACAAGACUUUGGUGACGUAUACACGUGAUUGUUUGUCGAACUGAAGCAGGAAUAUAUGAACUAUGAACACUGAUGAGAAUGAUAAUGUGAUGGACAUUAAUAGUUUAGAAACUUGAUUUUAUAAGGGAACUUUCAAUAUAUGUUGCUUUUUUAUUUUAUCUCCUUGACUGAUGUUGAAUAUAAAUACUUGUGUUUGUGGAUGGAUCAAUACAGGAUCCUCACAGUUAAUGUUAGUGAUGAGAUGAGGCAAACGAUAGUUCAGAGGAAUAAACGACAGUUUUAGAAAAACUCUGAUGAUAACAGUGAAGUUGAGAUUAUAUUUGAAUUUAUGAUGUUUUUGGUGAAAUGGUAAACUGCAUGGAGUUCGCAGUAUUGUUUGAAAAUGAAAUGUUUUAUAAUGAUAUGUGAUUAGAACAAAGGGUCGAGAAGCUUUAGACUUAAGUGUUAUAUUGGUUAUAUUAUAUUUGAAUGUGAGUCAGGUUAUGAGUGGAUCAGUACAGGAUCCUUCAUAGUUAGAGUGAGUGGUGUUAUUGAAAAACAAAACAAUUAUUUUGAUGAUAUGUUAAAGAUAGACAAAAUUUGAAACAGGUCGAUCAAAGGUACAUUCAGUUGUAAAGAUAUAUAUAUAUAUCAAUUUUGGGUGUCUCGAGACAAGGUAAAUUUGAAGUGGAAAUAAGUGAUAUCUUUUUGAGAAUCUACAUUGUAUUUUUUUUUUGGUCCUGAAUUUUAUCAGAAAGAAACCAUUUUUAUUUCUAAUUGUAAACCAACAAAAUUAUACUGAAAUAAAUUGUAAAUAAUAUCAUGCUGAAUGGCACAAGUUUGACGUGAGUUUUAUUUGAGUAUAUCCAUGUGACAUUUUCUGGGGGCUUGUCCGGGAGUCCAACUUGUGCCGUUCGCAGUCACAUGGGUAAUGUGUUCGUUGGAAUAUUAUAUUUUUGAAUUUUUAGAAUAUUGAAACAUUGUUUAUCUGAUCUCAUCUAGACAAAGUAGAAAUUUUCAAUUACAGUAGGAUAGAUUUUUUUUUUCAAAAUGGAUUAUGCUAGUUUAAUUGCAGCUGGUGAAAAGUUUGGGUUAACUGGCGAAGACCUUAGAAAUUUUGUUUCGGAAGAACAGAAAAAGCAAAGGGAAGAGAGAGCUCAGUUGUUAGAAUUAAGGAGACAGGAAAAAGAAACAGCAGAAAUACAGUUAGAGAUAGAACGCCAAAGAAAUGCAAAAAGUGAAUCAAGUUCUGAUGGUAUUAGAGCUAGGUCUCCAAAGUUACCUCGAUUUUACGAAGACAAAGAUAACAUUGAUGCUUACUUACAACGAUUUGAACGUUAUGCCCAAAGCCAAAAUUGGCCAACCACAGAUUGGGCAAUGAAUCUUAGUGCUUUACUCACAGGAAAAGCCCUUGAUGUACACGCUAGAUUGACCAGUGAUGAAGCAAAAGAUUACAGGACAUUGAAAACAGCCCUCCUGAAGGCCUUCCAGCUUACAGCAGAAGGAUUCCGUUCGAAGUUUUAUUCAGGUAAACCAGCCAACGGAGAAACCGCAUCCCAAUAUGCGAAUAGACUGGAGAACUACUUAACUAGAUGGAUUGACCUCUCCAGCAUCAACCAUCGAUAUGAAUGCCUAUUUGAUCUUCUUCUCAGAGAACAUUUCAUGAAUGGGUGCCAUCGUGACUUAGCCAUUUUCCUGAGGGAAAGACAGCCGAAGACUACUAAAGACACCGUGAAACUGGCAGAACAGUACUUAGACGCAAGAGGAGGCAUAUUCAGAGCACCACCGCAACAGAGGAAUAACCCUACAGUGCAUACCACAAGACAAGAAGGUAAAACUUAUACUCCUCAAACUCCACCUCGACCCCGAACACCACAAACGUGUUACACAUGUAACCAACCAGGUCACCUGUCUAGAAAUUGCCCCAAACAGGCAACCAAACCUAAUGUGCCUAAGACUUGUUUUAUAUGUCAUAAACCGGGUCACUUUGCUAAUAAUUGUCGUUUCUCUUCCAUUAAGUCAGCAGGUUUAUUGGUAUCACAGGAACCAGAAGCAGCCUGCGAAUCAGAAGUUGAAUCAGGAACCGAUGCUGAUUAUUCACACCCCGAAUAUUCAGAACCUAUCCCACACAGUCCAUGUCAAUGUCCAUCUUGUACUAACACACAGGUUCGAAUUGAAGCUUCAUGCAUGGUGGUAAGGAUGCCACCCGAUAUCCCUCCUUUUGAACCCACAGCAGACCAUGUCACAUAGUUGCGGACACAGGUUACCACUGAUGAGCGCAGCAUGCUCUGAUGAGCAUUUCGUCAAAGACAUGCCAGUUGUUGAAGGUAUGAUAGAUAAUAAAAUAAUUUCAGUUCUAAGAGACAGUGGUUGCAGCGGAGCAAUCAUCAAACAAGAUCUCGUAUCACAAAAACAAAUGACAGGUGAAGAAUGUACUUGUGUUCUAAUUGAUCAUACAUUGAGAACCUUCCCAAUUGCAAUGAUUGAUGUAAACACCCCCUUUUACGUUGGGAAAGUUCGUGCAUUGUGUGUAAAAACUCCUCUCUAUGAUCUAAUUCUAGGAAACAUUCCUGGUGUAAAAUCACCAGAUCAUCCAGACCCACAUUGGAAGCCGACAAAGACUGUCACGCCAGUUUGCGCAGUACAGACCAGAGCACAAGCACAACGAGAAGGCAAGCCAUUUCGUCCCCUCAAGACUCCUAAUCCCAUGGAAGACAUUGUGACGCCAUCAGUUCUGAAAGAAGCGCAGCAGAAGGAUCAGACUUUGCAUCGACUACGAGAAUUGGCCGACAGCGGUGCAGAGAAAGUAAGUCGCCAUAAUAACAUCUCUUCAUUCAAGUACAGAGACGGAAUACUGUUUAGAGUAUUUCAUUCUUCCAACACAGAUCCAGAUUCAGUAAUCAAACAAGUAGUUGUACCAAGCGAGUACCGUAAACAGGUUAUGCACAUGGCCCAUGAGAAUCUCCUAGGAGGUCAUCAAGGUGCAAAGAAGACAACAGAGAAAAUUCUCACCAAUUUCUUUUGGCCUGGGAUAAGUUCGGAUGUUACAAGAUAUGUCCGAUCAUGUGAUGUAUGUCAGCGUACAUUAGCUAAAGGCCGAGUAACCAAAGUUCCCUUAGGGAAAAUGCCGCUCAUAGAAGUCCCCUUUGAGCGUAUAGCCGUAGACAUAGUAGGACCAAUACAUCCCAUGACCGAUAACAAGAAUCGUUAUAUUCUCACUGUUAUAGAUUACGCCACCAGAUAUCCUGAAGCAGUUCCUCUACCAAGCAUCGAGACAGAAAGAGUCGCCGAGGCCCUUGUUAGCAUCUUCACCAGAGUUGGAAUUCCAAAGGAAAUGCUGACUGAUCAAGGAGCCCAGUUUACAUCAGAUCUCAUGAAAGAAGUAAGCAAGCUACUUUCUAUCCGUCACUUCACAACAUCACCGUACCACCCAGCAGCAAAUGGUCUCGUCGAACGAUUUAAUGGAACCCUCAAACAGAUGCUAAAACGUAUGUGUGCAGAGAACCCGAAGGAUUGGGACAGGUACAUCACCCCACUUCUGUUUGCAGUCAGAGAAUCACCACAAGAAAGUAUGGGCUUCUCACCGUUUGAGCUUCUCUACGGAAGAAAAGUUCGCGGACCCCUCGACAUUCUCAAGGAACUCUGGACCGGUGAAGUUGAAACGGCUGAAACGAAAUCCACCUACCACUACAUCUUGGAUCUCCGUAACAGGAUCGAUGAGACAUGUAGAAAUGCCCACGCCCAACUUCAGAAGUCAUCAGACAGAUAUGCCAGAUACUACAAUCAGAAGGCAAGACAUAGAGAACUUCAGGCUGGAGAUAAGGCACUUCUACUUCUCCCAACUGAUCGGAACAAACUCCUUCUACAGUGGAAAGGACCCUUCGAAGUAAUUUCCAAAGUAAGUCCUACUGACUACAGGAUUGAUCUAAAUGGUAAAUCAAAGGUAUUCCAUAUCAACCUUCUCAAAAAGUACCAUGAUAGAAUUGACCCAUCUCCUUCUCUUUCAGAUACUCAGAUGGCUUGUACUGCUAUCAUUGAAUGCGAGGAUGACGACACCGAAGAUGACACACCACAACUAACCAACACAUCUCUCUUACAGCCAUUUCCGUUACAGGCAAAGGAGUCACUUGAUGACGUCACAAUUAAUACAGACCUUUCUUCCCCACAGAAAGAACAAAUCAAUGAACUUCUCAACCACUAUCAAGAUGUCUUGUCAGAUCUACCUGGAUGCACCUCGUUAGGCGAGCACAGCAUCAUACUAAAAGAUAAUGACUUCAAGCAUCUUAAGAGUAAACCUUACCCCAUUCCUUAUUCUCUUAGGGACACCGUCAGAGACGAAGUGAAGACAAUGUUGUCUAUGGGAGUUAUUGAAGCAUCAGAGAGCCCUAUAGCUUCCCCAAUUGUACUUGUCAAAAAGCCCGACGGAACUAAUCGUUUCUGUGUCGAUUUCAGGAAAUUAAACAAGGUUACUUUGUUUGACGCAGAACCCAUACCAGAUCAAGAUGAGUUGUUCACCAAAGUUGCUCAUGCAAAAUAUUUCACAAAAAUAGAUCUAAGCAAAGGAUACUGGCAAAUGCCUAUGUCACCUGAAUCAAAACCUCUAACCGCCUUUCUCACACCCAAUGGUCUCUUUCAGUUUACAGUUAUGCCGUUUGGCCUUGUAAACGCCCCUGCCUCCUUCAGUCGAAUGAUGAGAAGACUUCUUAAUGGACUUGAUGGAGCUGUGAACUACAUAGAUGACAUACUGAUAUACUCAACGACGUGGGAACAACAUGUUGCAACCCUCAACGAACUACUCAGUAGACUACGAGCUGCAAAGCUCACCGCCAGACCCAGCAAGUGUUUCGUCGGACAGUCAAGUGUUGAAUUUCUAGGGCAUGUAAUUAACAAAGGAACAGUAAGUCCACGUCCAGAGAAGCUCAAGGCUAUUCAAGAAAUCAGCCGACCACAAACCAAGCGGGAACUCAGGUCAUUCUUAGGUACGACCAACUACUACAGGAAAUUCAUCCCCAAUUAUGCCGCCAUCGCCGCACCACUAACAGAUAGGACAAGAAAUGCUGAACCCAACCAAAUCAGAUGGGAAACAAGUCAAGAACAGUCCUUCAACACACUCAAAGACAAACUCACCAACCCACCCAUCCUUCAUCUACCAGAUUUGUCACAAGAUUUCAUCCUCAGAACGGAUGCAUCUAAUAUCGGACUCGGAGCAGUUCUACUUCAGACGCAUGAAGGCGAACGAUUUCCAGUAGCUUAUGGAAGUCGCAAGUUACUGAAGAGAGAACAAGCAUACUCAACCAUAGAACGAGAGUGUCUAGCCGUAAUUUGGGCUGUUAAGAAGUUUGAGCCAUAUUUGUACGGAAGACAGUUUGUGCUCGAAACGGAUCACCAUCCUUUGACCUACAUGAAUAGUGUGAAUCCUGCUAAUGGAAGACUGAUGCGCUGGAUUUUAGCGUUACAGCCAUACAGGUUUAGAGUGGAGGCUAUUCGUGGUAGCGACAAUGUGGGAGCAGAUCUUCUGAGUAGAUUGUAAAUAAAUAAAUGAAAAGUAUAUAUGUAUUUCCUCAAAAGGGGGAGUAAAAUGUCACAUUGAAAAUACAUUUUAUUUUAUUUAUUUAUUUGUCCUUUUUUUUGAAAAACUAUUUAACCUUAUCUUGUACUCUAGCCAGGUUGCAAAGAGACAGGAAUUUGAUUUGAUUCUUCAAUGAGCAGAACCUCUUUAAUUUAGGUUGCCAUCGAUGACCAUAGCUAAUUGAAAUAGUUACUUUUGUCCAGGGCAGUGGAUUUUUCCAUGCCGUGCUUGGAUAGGUCCCUUUUGUCCCAGGCAGGGAUCUAUUCCUUUUGACCAGCUGCUUGGGAUAGUUGAGGGCAAGGGUGUGUGUGCAGUAGUUUUCCAUUAGGUUUGGCAGACACCAUUUUUAACUUCGGUGAGCACACAGCUUAUGUGCAGUUCUGAAGCCAGUAGAGAAUUUGCUAUUUUUUUUGCUUACCAUUCUGAAGGCAUAUCUCUAGGCUUUUUUUUUCUUUUGGAGCAGCCUUAUUUUCCAGUUUGUGAGCUGCUAAUCUUUAUUACCUGCAUGAGGUCAGAAAGCAGUAUUUAAAUCAUUUUUUUAGCCUGUUUUGCUGAAAGUCAUCGGUGAGUGUAAAUGACUUUUCCAUCCUUAAAUUUUGUUAUACAAAAAGAAAAAGGAAGAAGAUAAAUAACAUGUAUAAUAUAACGUGAUUUAAGAUGUGAUUUAUUGUGAUAGUUUUGUAGAAAUCAAUAUACAUUUUCUUGGGUUUAUAGAGACUUUAAUGUUGUUGAAAAGUUACAUUUAUACUAGUUAGUAAUCAAAUGUUUGAAAAAGUAAGAUAAAUAAAUGUAUGAAAGUCAGACAAGUUUGAAUUGGAUUUAUAAAUACUAUUUACAAGUAAGAGAAGAAAUAUUUGUUUUAGGAUAUAUUGUAGAAAGGGUUUUGGUUUAUUUAAAUUUUAGAUGGUGCCAAGGUGGGACGUAAUUCCCCGAGACUUCUGGUUAUUGAAGCCGAGCACUUCCGAAAGUCGCGAAGGACGCCGAGAUUCCCCGAGAGUAACCGAACAAGACUUUGGUGACGUAUACACGUGAUUGUUUGUCGAACUGAAGCAGGAAUAUAUGAACUAUGAACACUGAUGAGAAUGAUAAUGUGAUGGACAUUAAUAGUUUAGAAACUUGAUUUUAUAAGGGAACUUUCAAUAUAUGUUGCUUUUUUAUUUUAUCUCCUUGACUGAUGUUGAAUAUAAAUACUUGUGUUUGUGGAUGGAUCAAUACAGGAUCCUCACAGUUAAUGUCAGUGAUGAGAUGAGGCAAACGAUAGUUCAGAGGAAUAAACGACAGUUUUAGAAAAACUCUGAUGAUAACAGUGAAGUUGAGAUUAUAUUUGAAUUUAUGAUGUUUUUGGUGAAAUGGUAAACUGCAUGGAGUUCGCAGUAUUGUUUGAAAAUGAAAUGUUUUAUAAUGAUAUGUGAUUAGAACAAAGGGUCGAGAAGCUUUAGACUUAAGUGUUAUAUUGGUUAUAUUAUAUUUGAAUGUGAGUCAGGUUAUGAGUGGAUCAGUACAGGAUCCUUCAUAGUUAGAGUGAGUGGUGUUAUUGAAAAACAAAACAAUUAUUUUGAUGAUAUGUUAAAGAUAGACAAACUUUGAAACAGGUCGAUCAAAGGUACAUUCAGUUGUAAAGAUAUAUAUAUAUAUCAAUUUUGGGUGUCUCGAGACAAGGUAAAUUUGAAGUGGAAAUAAGUGAUAUCUUUUUGAGAAUCUACAUUGUAUUUUUUUUUUGGUCCUGAAUUUUAUCAGAAAGAAACCAUUUUUAUUUCUAAUUGUAAACCAACAAAAUUAUACUGAAAUAAAUUGUAAAUAAUAUCAUACUGAAUGGCACAAGUUUGACGUGAGUUUUAUUUGAGUAUAUCCAU